AUGCCUAAUGACAACAACGAUAAAGUUCGGUCGAUGGCAUUUGCACCUUGCCGGAAUCCUGCCAACGAAGGUCAUUAUCUGUGGGUAGGAAUGCAAGAUGGUAUGUUGAUGGUUCUCGACGCUAGCCGCCAGAUGAUUCUUGGCAAGCGUGCCAAUUUUCACUCUGCACCUGUUCAAUUCAUCAUGCGCCACAAGAAUACCGAAGUAUGGACGAUUGACGAGAGCGGUUCGCUUAAGAUAUGGCCGGCCCUAGCAGUGGACUGCGAUCAGCAUGACCCCUUGGACCUCAAUCCAGGAAAGUGUCAGGUCACAUCCAAGGCAGUUGCGGCUGUCAAAGUCGAUUCUUGUCUAUUUAUGUCUUCUGGACGAACGCUCGAAUAUCACACAAUUCCUCUGUCUCAAAAUCCUGUACGCAAACGCAUUCCAAACGACCUUGGAAAUAUUACACAGUUAGCUGCCGUUCCCUAUCAUUAUCACCGUAUUUUUGCAUCUCACGACAAUGGAAAGAUUAGUAUCUGGGACAGUGAAUCGAUCGAACGUCUCCAAGUGAUCACAGUGUCGAUGUACGGUAUAUCAGCGAUGGUUGGAGUUGGAGACUAUUAUCUUUGGGUAGGCUACAACACUGGUAUGAUAUAUGUGUACGAUACCCGCCCAGAGCAAUGGCUUGUAGUAAAGGUCUGGAAAGCGCAUACAAGUGCAGUAUCUUGCAUGGUUGUCGAUGAUACGGGUCUUAUCUUAGACCGUAGUACUGUGCAGGUUGUUAGCACAGAUUCAUCUGGAAAUAUUGCCUAUUGGGAUGGUUUACUGACUGAUGAUUGGCAAGAACAAAGAUUACAUGCUCAUGUGAGAGAAUACUGCGAUUAUCGGGAUAUCGAGGUUAUGAUAUGCUCGUGGAAUAUCGAUGCCACUAAACCGGAAAAACUGGCAAAUACAGAUGAUGACAUUAAGUUGCACGAAUGGUUGAAGGGUAUGAAGAACCCGGACAUUAUAGUUGUGGGCAUGCAGGAAAUUGUUGAUUUGGAAUCCAAGAAGCAGACAGCAAGGUCACUUUUUGCCUCUCGAAAGAAGAUUGAAACCUUGCAAGAUGCAGAUGAGCUCUUAACUCAUCGUUAUAGUUUAUGGCACGACUAUCUGGUCCAAGCAGUAGCACAAAACUAUGGUGAACAUGCUUAUAUAGUUAAGAAGACAGACCAACUGGUUGGUCUUUUUAGCUGUAUCUUUGUCAAGAGUAGCCUAGGAAGUAGAAUAUCAAACUGUGAAUCUACUCUAGUCAAGACAGGCAUGAAGGUCAUGAACAGAAGUCUCCACGGUAACAAGGGUGGUAUUGCUGUCCGUUUCCUCUUGGACGACACGUCUCUUUGCUUUGUAAACUGCCAUCUGGCUGCUGGCCAGUCGCACAUCCAGCAACGCAAUGCGGAUGCUGAAGGCAUUCUUCAGACAACAGCAUUCUCCGCUCAUGAAACCCCAGAUAUAUUUACAAACGGAGGUGAUGGCAGCCUUGUACUUGAUCAUGAAGUAUGUUUCUUGAGUGGGGAUCUCAACUAUCGUAUUGGGAUGAGCCGUGAAGAUGUCAUCCGGGAGUUAAAGAAUCCUGACCAGCAAGCUGCCCGGGAAAGACUUAUGGCCGAAGACCAAUUACUCAAACAACGCCACACCAAUCCGCUUUUCAAACUACUCACAUUCCAAGAACCUCUUAUUGAAUUCAAUCCGACCUACAAAUAUGAUCCGGGAACGAACUGUUACGACAGCUCUGAUAAGAAGCGUGUCCCCGCCUGGUGCGAUCGUAUCCUUUAUCAUGGCGAGAGUAUACAGAAUUUGUACUAUAGACGCCACGAGGUUCUUGCCUCUGAUCAUCGACCAAUUAGCGCUGGUUACAGUUUGGAAGUGAAAUAUAUCGAUUAUGGCAAACGUGAUGCAAUUCAAAAGAAGAUUCCGGAGGCCUGGCGCAAACAUCUGUUGGAGAUAGUUAAAAGUAGAAAGACUCUCUAUGUUGCCGACUACGACGCUUGUAGUCUAUCAGAGGCUCAUUCUAGAUUAGAAGCCAAUCAGUGGAAUGUACAACAGACAGUAGAGGAUCUCUAUGAGUAG